AUGGAUGCCAGUAUGGAUGUUCAGCAGGCAGCCGCCCAGCAGGCGGCGCAAGCGGCAGCUGCCCAAGGGGCAAAUCAGGCGCAGCAGCAGGAAGCUGCCCAGCUGGCGGCCCAAGCGGCAGCGGCAGCCCAGGCGGCAACGGCUGCCCAAGGAGUGCAGGCGACAGCAGCAGGGGCCGCAGAGAUCGACCGGAUCGUGCGGCAGAGGAUGGAGCAAGCCUUUCAGGGCGUUUUUGGGCGCCUUCUGGAAACAACCCAGCAGGCAGCGAAGGCUGCCGAGAGCCAAGCGGUGAGCCAUCGGAACGACAGCUUGGUCAGGGCUUUGAAGUGCGACCAGUGGAAGCCCAGCUCGAGAGAAGAUGAGUUGAGAACGUGGAAGGAAUGGUGGUUUAGUUUUUCGAAUUUUGUUAUUGCCCACGACCCGGCGUAUGAGCAGGACUUUGCAGAUCUUCUGGACUCGGAGCAUGAUACCUCUCAUGCCCUUCUGGACACCAAGACGGUGGAGCGCAGCCAGCGCUUGUAUGGGCUGCUGUGCUCAAUGGUGAAAGGCAGGCCUUUGCUGCUUAUAAAAGGGGCCGAGGUCACAAAGAAUGGGCUGGAAGCAGUGCGCAUUUUGCGCAACGCCAUGGAGCCGAAGGAGAAAGCAAGGAGCCUGGCGAUUAUGCGCCAGUUAGCCUCGUGGCAGUUCUCUGGUGGAAAUCUACAUGAGCAGCUGGUGAAAUAUGAGGAAGCCUUGAAGACUUACGAAGCUGCCUCGGGGAAGGAAUUUCCUCCCGAACUGGUCCUGGCCACGGUGGUCACAGGGCUCAAGGAGCCCCUGAGGUCACAGAUCCAGCUGCGCAUGGGGCCCAAGACCACAUACCAGGAUAUCCGGGAAUGGGUGCUACAGCAUGAAUCCUUGAACUCCCCGUGGGCGACUUCCCUGGGGAAGGCGAGCGGCUCUGGCUAUGAUUCGGAUGGAAAGGGCUGGCAGAGUCAGCCAUGGACCGGGCAGGGAGGAGGAAAGAGCUGGCAGCAGGCCGGCAGCUGGGGCCAAGGUGGGAAGCAGGGUGCUGGAGGAGGAAAGGGCAAGAAGCUCGACCCGAGCUUGUGUGCUAUCUGUUGGCAGCGCGGCCAUUGGAAAAACGAGUGCCCCAACAAGGGCAAGGGCAAAGUGAACCAGAUCGAACAGGGGCCGGCAGCCAGCAAUGUGCCCUCUUCUGCCUCCUCGGCGUCUACGGCGGCCUCGACUCUUCCCUCUUCGGCUUCUGCCCUGCGUGGUGUUCAGCGUGUUGAGCUUGCUGGGUUUGCAGCUGAACCUGGCUUCUCGGUAGCUGAGGUUUUCGAUAUGAGCGAGCUAGAUGAUUGGGAUGUGUUUGGCAGCGGCGGCCCGCAGGUGAUGAUGAUAAAGGGGCACCUCGGCAUUGAGUAUGCCAGUGGCGGCCUCGUGGCAGGCGGGGCGGCCCAUGCUUUGCUAGAGGGUGUCCCGCACUUCGCCAUGGACGCUUCCGACAAGGACGGGGAAUGGACCUACGAGCCAGGCCUUUCCUGCGGCGUGCUGGCCCUCGAGACCAUUCCGGGCAAGGAGGAUGUUGAGAUCGUCAUCGACAGUGGGGCUGAUGUCCAGACGCGCCUCCUUGAUUUGGAGGUUCCCACGUCCACCGGUGAGACCGUCUGCAUCCGGGAGAAGUUCAGCAUUGCCCGGAUCUCCUCGGUGCUGAGGAGGAACACCUUGAUUGUGGCGGCGACGGUCUCUAUGGUGGUGGCAGCCGGGCUGGAAGCGCCCCUGGAGGCGAAGGCAGCCAGGCCAAUCAAUAUGCUCACGUUCGACGACCUGGGCCCUUUGCCAAAGGAGGUGGAGGCCUGUGCACGGCGGCCGGGGUGGCAUGUGCUGCCGAGUGGGCUUCCCCUUCUGGUCCAGCACAGGGUGACGGAGCUUGAGUUUGAGCAAAGCCUUUGGUCCCAACAGGACUGGCCUUGGCUGGCGAUUUUCGCUAGACACGAGGCUGCCGACCGACUUCCUCAAGAAGGUGAUGUGUGGCUUCAGGUGGCGACCAUGGCGACCGAGCAGUUUGAGAAUGCCCCUAAAACCCUUGUGGAUAUGGACCCGGACCUCGAUGGGCCAAGGGAUGUGAUGAUGCUUCUGCACGUGGAGCAGCUGCCCAAAGACCUUUUGUCCUCUCCCCGCGACUUCUUCUGCGAGCCGGCCGACGACAAUUCGAACCAGCCGGUUCCCGUGCAGGAUGAUAGCAGCGGCGUGGGGGUCCUGCCUGAUGAGAUUGCCUUGCAGGAGAAGCCGACCGAGGAGCUUGAAGAUGAAGAUGGCGAGCCUGAGCUCGAGGGCGUGGCGCUCAAUGUUGGCACCCCUUUGCGUGAGCUUCGGGCUUUGUGCAGCAAGCUCGGCUUAAGCUCUAGUGGUGGAAAGGACAAGGUGCUGAGGCGACUGAAGCUUCACCACGAGGUCCUGGAGAAGCAAAUGGCCAACGAGAUUGCUCGGAAGAUGUUUGCCGAGCAGGAGCGCGAGCCCACUAUGCCAAAGACCCCGGUGUUGCCGUCUAGUAGGCAGCAAGAGCUGCACAACGUCACGCACCACCCUUUUCAGCCAUGGUGCGAGGCAUGUGUUAUGGGACGCAGCAAGCAAAGCCCCCAUAGCAAGGCCGGUGGCCAGAUGGAGGGCGAGGAAGUUGCGCCCGACGCCCGCGUGCACCCGAUGAUCCAGAUCGACUACGGGUACACCUUCACGCGCCACCGGCACGAGGUCGAAGCUGAGGGGGAUCAGGAGAAAGCCGAGCCGGAGGAGGAUAAAAGCAAUGAGCCCAAUCAAGAAGGAGAAGCAGAUGAUCCUCGUGACCAGUUCGGCUUGUGCCUUGUGGGCGUGGAGACAACUACGGGCUGGGUGUGCUCUAUCCCAGUUCUUGAGAAAGGUGCCCGGUCACUUAAGAGAGUGACGGAGCAGCUCGUGCGACUAAGCCUCCAAACUUCACCGGGGGACACCGUCACCAUUCAGGGCGACCCGGAGGCAUCGAUCAAGCAGAUUGUGAACUCUUUUGAGACUUGCAGGGCCAAGCUUGGCCUAGCUACGAACAAGAGGUUGGUGCCAAGGGGGUCGCACAGCUCGAACAGCUACGUGGAGAAGGCCAUCGACACUGUGAGGCGCAACGCCGUGACUCUCAAGGCCUUCUUGGAAAGCCGGAUCGGGGCAAGCAUCCCUGGCAGUGCCCAUGUGUAUGCUUGGUUCUUCAAGCACAGCGCUUUUUUGUACAACCGGUUCCAUGUCGGGACCAAGGGCGGCACCGCCCAUGAAGUGAUGUUUUCAAGGCGCUACAAAGGCCAAUUGGUUCCCUUUGGUGAGCUCGUUAUCUUCUACAAGCACUCCCCUCACAAAGGAGACCUCCAGUGGCGAAAAGGCAUUUGGCUUGGGAUCAAUGAAAGGAACAAUGCCCAUGUUUUGGGCACGGCGGAAGGAUGCUUUGAAUCUCGGAGCAUUCGCCGGGUUCCUGAGGAGGAGAAGUGGAACAGCUCAAUGGUGUUGGGAGUCAAGGGCUUUCCCUGGAGUUACCAAGGCCAGCACCGAAGGAAGAGGCCCCUCUACACUGGAGCUCGUUCUGCGGUACCUCUCCUUCCAGACAACGCCACCUUAGAGGAGCUUGCGCGGGCUGCCGGGCACGCGGCUGCUGAGGCCAUUGCAUCCCGGGUGCCGGUGGACGAAGCGGCGUCUGACCCACCGUCGUCGAGCUCUUCCUCCACUACAAGCUCAACCCCUUCGAGCCGCAACGCCGGGAACCAAGGAAGCAACCAACAACAGCCACAGCAAGAACAAGGGAAUCAGCAGCAGCCGUCGGGUGCCAUUGUGGGCAGCCAGCCAGGAGACCAAGGAAGCAGCCAACAACUACAGCAAGAACGAGGGAAUCAGCAGCAGCCGUCGGCCGUUUUAGUUGAGCAAGGUGGCACAGGUGGUCCAGUCCAAGAGCAAGGUGGCACAGGUGGUCCAGGCAACUUGCCCCAGGAAGCAAUGGACGUCAGUGGUUCAAGUCCUUCGCGCACGGAGCGGCCAGCAGCCACAGGGGAGGGUCACUCUAAGAGGCCCCGACUCUUGCUAGACAAGCCAAAGCCUACCACGGGUGUUGCUGUUUCUUUGCCACAGCCAGCAGCCAGUUCGGCACCUACCUCUCCGAGUGCCGGCCUUUACCCUCCAGGCUUUGCGGGUGUGAUGCAGGUUCACGGCGACAUCCCCACUGAGGAGCUUGUGGGCUUUGAGGGCUGGGACCCCGACCUCCUCAACGAAAUGAUCAGCGAAAGCGAGCUGGCCGGCGAGUUCUUCGAGUCUUGGUGGGACGAGUUUGCAGAGAAGCCCCCGCAGCUCAGUGAGGCCGAGCUCUCCCAAGUCGAUGCAGAGGCUGACAAAAGGGAGAUAGAGCGACUCAUGUCCAUGGGGGUCCUCAGGCACCAGCGCCAUGAUGAGGACAUCUCUGGGUACCAGUCCCUUACAACGAAAGUGGUCCGUGAUUGGAGAAAGAGACCGGGAUGGACACGAAGGUCGCGACUGGUGGGGCGAGAGUUCAAAACCAUGAGCCCCUACACCCAGGAGCUCUUCGCUCCAGCGUCAACUCUUGGAGCAACCCACGCUUUCAUCGCCACGGCUCUGAGUCUGGGCCUUCAGCUCGCCACCUUUGACUUUAAAGAUGCAUACCUUCAGGUGGAGCAGCCGACCCCGAUGACGGUCGAAAUCGACGGCAAGCUGUUUGGCGACCCGGAGGGGGGCUCUCGGACAAUGGUUCUGGAUCGGUUGUUGCCAGGCCAAAGGAUUGGAGCCAGCGCCUGGUACCUCUUCGCAAAAGACCUCUUGAGAAAGGCCUCCUUGACAAACUUCGAGAAAGAACCGACCCUAUUUAGGAGCACCGUUCCCGGGAGCCAGGCUGGAGUUGUGCUUCAUGCGGACGACGGGCUCCUGGCAUCCACCGAGAAGGAGAGAAACUUCUUAAAAGGUCUUCUGCGGGAGAAGGUCACCGUGGAGUUCAUUCAGCCCCUCCUGAACGUUGGCGACGAGCUUGAGUUCUUGAAGCGCAAAUAUGUGAUGAUGGAGAACGGCAUUGCUGUGUACUCGAACGGUCGCUAUGUUGAAGCACUCCUUGGUGCUUUGGGACCCAAGCUCCGGGGCCGAGACAGCCCCAGUGACCAAAGCUUCUUGGAGCAGGACACGACCACCGAGCUCACAGCCCACGAGUGCAAAGUAUAUCGGGAGGCUGUUGGGCGGCUCCUCUACCUUUCCCACACAAGGCCUGACGUGCAGUUUGCAGUUUGUGUGCUCAGCUCAAAGAUGGCAUCCCCGACCAAAGGAGCUUUCAAAUGGCUUCAAAGAGUGGUUGGCUACUUGGCCGAGUGCCCGCCCAUCGGUUUCCUCAUCAAGCCGAUCAGUGGCAACGCUUGUGUUGGUUACGACCCGGGAGAGCGAUUAGUUCCUGGGUCCACCAUUGUGGUCGAGGCGGUGACGGACGCUGACUGGGCAGGCUGUCGGAGGACCAGAAAGUCCCACACAAGCAUCCAGCUAUAUGUUGGUGGGAGUUUGCUGAGCUCUAUGGUGAGGUCGCAAAGGAGCAUCGCCCUCUCAAGUGGAGAAAGCGAGUACAUCGCUUUGGUUGCAGGUGCAGCCGAGGGGAUCUACUUGGCGGACUGCGUGCGCUUCUUCGUGAAUGGUGCCUACGAGGUUGAACUCAGGAGCAGGACUGACUCCUCAGCCUGCAAGGGCAUCACGCAGCGCUUAGGCUGUGGACGCAUCAGGCACAUUGCCUGCAACAUGCUAUGGGUCCAGCAGUGUGUGAAGCAAGGGAUCCUAAAAGUGGCAACGAUCCCUGGCACUGCCAACCCAAGCGACCUUGGAACCAAGCCCCUGAGUGGAAGCCGCAUUCGCGAGCUUCUUUACAUGAUGGGGGCUGUGCUUCCAGACGGCUCUCCCUACGGAGGCCAGGACAAGGAGCUUGCUGACCAAAAGAGGGAAAUGGCACGUGUGAUGAAGGAGCUCAAGAAUGACGGCCACCGCGUGUCCCAGAUCAAGGCGCUUAUGCCGAUCCUCCUCAUCAUGUCGCAGGUCCAGCAAACGCAGGGCUUGAGCCUGGCAGCCCCUUUGGUUGCCAUGUGGGACACCGAAACUCUCUACUCAAUGGCGGCUACGUUGGGAAUAACUUUGUUGACUUUGGUUGUGUUCUUUGGGCUCCCCUACUCCCUCCUGAAGUUCCUUAAGUGGUGCUUUAGGACAUUUUCCUGGAGGCCAGCAAGGUGCAGCACCGGAAGCCAGACCGAGCGUGCAAGGCCAGUGGUGCAAAGUUGUGGCCCAAAGGUGAAGAGCCAGAAGGAGAAGGACCAAGAAAAGUUUGCAGAGGAGUAUGUGAACCGCUACACAGAGCUACAGCAGAUUUUCAGCGAGAAGUGCCGAGAAAACGAGAUGAUGGAAAACAUGCUGUAUGAGUUGCGCACUGAAAACAGGGCGCUUCAGGAAGCUCUGAGGCGAGCCGAGGAGAGACGCACACCGCCAGAGCGGUAUCUGGAGGACGGCCGGGAUUGGAGGAAGGUGUCGCCGCUAGAGAUCCAGCGCCAGCUUCGGGCCUGCGACCUGCCUCUCUGGAGGCGUCCGAAGGGACCGAAGAUGACGGGCCUCGAAGUGGCCCGGGCGGCUCCCAUGGCCGAGCGCCUUGAGGGAUUGCUGGCCGCUGUGGUUGCGGGUAUUCUCCAAGCAGUGGACCAGGGCUGCUUUUGGGGACCGGGCUACGAGGUGCCACGCUGGGUGAAGAUCCAAGGGGUGCCGUCCCCGAUGUCGCGGCUGGUGCUGCUACCCAGCAUCCAGAGGGCGACUCCCUUGGAGGUCGGGGCAGGUGGCUUGAAAGCUUCGGACCUGCUGGCAGUGGAUGUGGCUGCCGAAGCAGCUUUGCGGGAGGCGAAGCCAAAGGUCGGCUUGGUGCGCUUCAGCGCGAGGCGCUUGCCCGGCCUCAGGCGACUCGACCUCACGGAUCCGCUUCUGUUUCGCAGCAGCUACUGCAAGGCACUCAUGGAGAUGGAAAGGCAGCUCCAUGCACCACUGCCGACUCUAGAGGCGGACGCUGUCGUUGCCACUUCGGACGUAUCGAUCCUUCGGGGGCCAGUGGAAGCGGGUGCCCCGUGGACCGAAAAUCAGCCGGCCAGGAUCGAAGUUUUCUGGGCGCAGCUGGAGCGAAAUCCGCAUUUCGACGAUCUCGGCUACUUGGACGAGGCUGUCUCGGAAAGGGUGGCGGAACAGAGAAUCGAUUGCGAAGGGGUUGCCUUUGAUCUGCGAAUCUUCCUGGCGUGCGCGUGGGCAGACGAGAAGGAUGCAUCAUGCAUGCUGCAACAGCACGGCUCAGCGCAACGAAGCACCAAGCCGGCUUUUUUAGAAGGUCGUUCGUCACUAGCAGGGCUUCCGAGCAGCGCCACAUGCAAGAAGAAGUUCACGGACGACAAGGUUUGCAAGACCACCAGCGGUGUAGAUUGCCAGGUCUCUGAGUUGAACAAUUUCGGCAAGUGCUGGUUCUCGGAAACGCACGGGUCGAACCCGUGCCUGCCAAAGCCAGUCGCAGGAACGUGGACCACGGCCAAGGUUGACUUCGGCUCAGGUGCUGGACAUUGCAUCAAGGUCCCACCAGGCAUCUGCCCAGUACAGAUUUGCGUCAAGAGCGGGAGCCCCAAUAGUGCGGCUGGUCGAGCUUGCUACUCUGGGAAGCAGACAUGUGGGAUUUUCCCGGGCCUUCCAGCACUAUCUGGCAAGGUGGACGAGACCUUUUGCACGACGUGGACGGCUCCGAGCCUCUUCUGUGUGGUGAGUCUUGCAACCAACGCAAACAACCCAAACAACAUCCAAGAUCUGAGCAACUUUGCCAUUCAGUUCGGCUGCUGCGAUGGGAGUGGAGGUGUAGUGGGAGAUCCGCACAUCCAUACCUUGGACGGAAACGAGUUCGACCUCUACGACAAAGGGACUUACUCGGUGUUCCACUAUGGCGGUACUGGUGACAUCGAUUGGCAACUCUACGCAACGUAUGGAGGCCCGCUGUGGACAGUCCAAGGCUUGCUGUUGGUGGAUCGAUCCAAAGGUCGCUUCCGACAGGCUAUGGAGCUGACGUCAGAGGACUGCCAGUGGCGCAGCAAGACAGGGCAUGCGUCGUGGUCAGUCAUCGAGCGAAAUGCAUCGCUGUCCUUGCUGGAAGGGGGCGAGUACGUGACGGCCUUCGAGUAUGUCAACGAAAAGCACGUCAACCUUGGCAUCAACACCCCUCACGGCAAGAAAGAAAUUCUUGUCCUCAACACGGUGUGCAUGAGCGGUGCUAUCAACUUGCGGGUCUCCCCGCGCAAGGCCUUCGAAGCCAAGUUCCUGACUGGCCAAAUCCAAGCCGGCAAUGCCAAAAGCCAGGAGAGGUUCCCAGUGGAGGAGAGCUGGCAAUCGCUAGGUGGGACCGACAGCGCCGCAUCCUUCCUGAAGAAGAACCAAGAGGAGAAGCACCUGCUUGUGACCUCCUGCACUGGAGACGCCAAGACGAAAGCCGAGGACACCUGCGCGGAAUAUCUCGGCGAGGAGACGCGGGAGUCCGGGAGUUUUUUCGACGAUUGCGUCUUCGAUGUCUGCAGAGGAGGGGAGAAAUUCGCAAAAGCAGCGGCAGAACUGCGCUCACUCAUCUAG